AUGGCAACCCUGACGUCACGGGGGCGCGCUUUGCGGCAGGGCGCGAAGGCUCGGCGCGACACUCGGUGGAGCUUUGCGGCAGUACCGGCGUGCGGAGCCAUGGCGGACGAGGAGGACCCCACAGCGGCGGCGGCCGGGAGCGGCAGCGAGAGCGAGGAGGGGGAGGAUGGCGGGCGGCGGCACCGGCAGCUCCUGGAGGCGAUCAGCGCCUUGUCCGGACGGAAACGGCGGAAGCUGGCGGAGCGGUCGGAGGCGACCGGGCAGGUGUCCGAGUUCAAUGUCACCUGCAAAGGUGCUGGGGAAAAGCUGGUUCUGUCGGAGCUGCUGCAGCCCAUCCAUCCCAAAUCCACACUGGGCAGCGUGAGGAAGGAGCUGGCCAGAGUGAAGCAGAAGGCGGCGGUGGAGCUGCCACUGAGCAAAGAGGAGGCCAAGAGGGUGGUGAGGGAGGCUGCCUAUGUCACCACCUCGAAGGAUGUGGGGAAGUGGCAGCAGGUGGUCCUGCAGAACCGGCGUGCGGAGCAGCUGGUGUUCCCCCUGCGGCAGGACAUCGCCACCGUCACCCCUCUGGAGAGGGCCACCUCAGCGUGGAAGGCUCGAACUCCACUGGAGCAGGAGAUCUUUGGGUUGCUCCACAAGACACAGCAGCCCAUCACAGACCCGCUGCUGACAGCAGAGGAGAUGGCCUCGCUGCAGGCCAUGAGCUUGGAGGAGGCACGGCGCCGGCGGGCAGAGCUGCAGAAGGCCCGGGCAGUUCAGUCCUAUUACGAGGCCAAGGCUCGGCGGGCGAAGCGGAUCAAGAGCAAGAAGUACCACCGUGUGCUCAAGAAGAGCCGGAGGCGCCAGGCCCUGAAGGAGUUUGAGCAGUUGCACAAAUCGGACCCUGCGGCCGCCUUGGCACGGCUGGAGGAACUGGAGCAGCUCAGGAUGCAGGAGCGGAUGAGCUUGAAGCACCAGAACAAGGGAAAAUGGGCCCGAUCCAGAGCCAUUAUGGCUAAGUAUGACCUCGAGGCCCGCAAGGCCAUGCAGGAGCAGCUGGCCAGGAACAAGGAGCUGAUGCAGAAGGUGCGGGUGGAGCCGCCCGAGGAGGAGCCAUGUGAGGUGCCCGAGGGGGACACCACAGCCCUGCCUGUGCCCACCGGGGCCAGCGGGGCUAAUCCCUGGAUGCUGGGCAAGCCCAGUGGCCCAGGCCCGGAGCCUGAGGUACAGGAGGGUCCAAGAGAUGACACAGUGCCUGGUGCUGUGGAGAACAAGGAUGAGAUGGAGGAGCAGGAGGAGGAGGAACUGUCGGAAGAAGAAGCUAUGCUGCAAGACUUUGAGCAGAAGCGACGGGAGCGGACAGGGAACCCCAAGGGGCACAGCGAGGAGCAUGGUGCUGCUGAGGAGCCCAGGGACAGCCCAGUCCCCCCAGUCUGUGUCAAGGAGCCCAGGGACAGCCCAGUCCCCCCAGCCUGUGCUGAGGAGCUGGUGAGUGCAGGACCAGAGCCACCCCUUCAGGCCCAGGAGCAGCUCCUGCUCUCGGAGCAGCUGCACCGUGUGCAGACCAUGGAGGAUAUGGAGAAUCUGGCCAAGGAAGAGCCUGUGGAAGAGCAGGAGAAGCUGGUAGCCCCAAGAGCAGGGAAGCGAGCGCGGCAGCAGGAGGAAGGCAGAGCUGGGGACAGACAUAGCAAGAAAACAGCAGCCAAGAGGAAGAUGAUCAGCCUGGAAGCUGUGCUGGAUGGCAAGCCCCAGGAGAUGGACUGCCCCAUCCUGCCUGUGGUCCUGGAGGAGGAGGAGGGUGGCAUGGAGCAGCAUGGGAUGAUCACAGAGGCCUUUGCUGGGGACGAUGUGGUCGCUGACUUCCGCCGGGAGAAGCGCAAGGCGGAGGAGGCGGCGAAGCCGCAGCCGGUGAACCUGGUACUGCCAGGCUGGGGCGAGUGGGGCGGCACGGGGCUGAAACCCAGCGCCAGGAAGGUCAAGAGGUUCCUGAUCAAGCCGCCACCGGCGCCUCCGCGGAAGGACCAGCACCUGCCCCACGUCAUCCUGAGCGAGAAGCGCAACAUCCACGCGGCGGCGCAUCAGGUCAGCGAGCUGCCCUUCCCCUUCGAGCGGCACCAGCAGUUUGAGCAGAGCAUGCAGACCCCCGUGGGCCCCACGUGGAACACUCAGCGUGCCUUCCAGAAGCUCACAGCCCCACGAGUCAUCACCCGCACCGGCCACAUCAUCCAGCCCAUCUCAGCCGAGGACGUCCCUGACACAGCCCCUGGCAGCGGGGCCAGGCUCAGGGGGGAGGCCAUGCCCGGGAGGAAGGCUGAGCCCGGGAGGAAGGCUGUGCCUGGGAGGAAGGCUGUGCCUGGGAGGAGGGCUGUGCCCAGGGGGAAGGCUGUACCCAGGGGGAAGGCUGUGCCUACGGUGAAGGCUGAGCCCAGGGGGAAGAUGCAGCCCCAGCACAGCAGAGCAAGGUAGCUCUGUGUGGUAGCUCUGUGUCUGCAGUUUGGGGGCUCAAACUGGAGCAAGUGGAAGAAUCAGGAGCAGCUCCUGGUUCUGUCCAGUUCCUUCUACCUCUUUCUCUGCAAUAAAACCCAGGGCUGGCCUUCCUGUUCUGUCUGCAUGGCUGCCUUGGCAGUGUCCAGGGCUAGGUUGGGCUGGUGCCCUCCAUCCUGUCCUUGGGGUCUGUGCGGGGUUGGGUGCUUUGGUGGAGUUGACGCUGAGAGCUCAGUCAAAAUCUCACAGUGGAGCACAUCUGGGCGCUGCUGAGGGACUGGAAUAGUUGCCAACAUCCUGUCCUGUGCCUGUCUUUUAUAUCCCCAUUUUUGUAUCUAUGUAGAUUUUUAAAUCUUGGCCAAAUGAGCUUUCUGCCCACCUUUUCACCCUGACCCUGGACUUGGGGUGUUUCUGAGGUCCACCUGCACUCCCAAAAUACCUGCUCAUCCCUAAUAAACCUGAUCACCUG